AUGUCUAUGAAGGUUUGCCAGAAAUGUAACAAGAAGAUCCGGCAAGUCCCUGUUUGGUCCCUCGAACUUCAUGGUUUAUCUCAGUACUUUGUGGUAAAAGUUUCUGUUAUAACAAAAUGAAGACAUUUAGGCCAAGAACAUCUAUGAGAAGCGAAUGUGGAUAGUGAUAAUCGGAAUUUGCUUGGCCUUUGCUGGAUGGUUCACCAAUAUCUUGAUUCGGGAAUAUAUGGAAAAGAGAACUUCUACAGUAUUCAAAUACAGACAGGUUAGUUCUCUAAUCGUAAAACACUAAGCAGAUGGCAGGUUGACAAGAUCAGAUAUCCUGGAGUUACAAUCUGUCCGAAGAAUGGUGAUGCCGUCCAUUACAGAGAUCUCGAAAUUGGUGAGUCAAAUAUUAAGGGAUUACGUCAAUGGAAGGCGUCGCGACACUUGCGGGCAAUAAGAAGAAAGCGCUUUCGGUAAACAUUUACGGAUGGAAUUUCGACUUUUCUACCGUAAUCGAUCCAGUAUGAUGGACGGAAAAAAAUUUUGUAUUGCCGACACCCUUUAUAAGUAUGAAUCUGAAAAAUUUUAUUUGAAUCCAUCUACUGCUUUCAAGGUUAUGGGCGUUCGUUUUCAAAAAAACUGGAUUAGCUCAAGCCAACGUUGUUUGUUUUUCAAGCUUUAAACAGUUUUUCGACUAACUAUAGUACUGCGCAGACAUGAGGUUAGUUGUGGUCGGAAAUUGAGUUUUUAUCGUACUAGUCCUUCCGGAAAGUCGCCAGACGAAUUUUUGGUGUUUGCACUGUGCGAAAAAAAAUCAGGGCGGAAGCGACAUCCGAAAAAAGCCUAUUUGCACGGUGCAAAAAGUAAGAAAUUGCACAGGGCAAAGAAAACUUUUAUUUUCUCACAGUGCGUGUCGCCGAUUUCAGUCCUUUGACUUCCUGGAAGGACUAAUAAUGAUGACACAAACAUGUGACUUUUUUAAUAACUCCCCCUAUGUGUAUCUGUUACAAGAAUAAAUUGGAAACCUAAUUCGCAACAUCUAACUGCUAAAUCCAUGUUUAGAAUUACCUAUUGUAAUCAUAUGCCGGCUUAAGCCAGCUGAUUUCCAAACGUCCCGCAGAAUCUCCGUGUUUCUUCUUGCUGCCCACAAAUGUCGUCCCUGCCCAAAAAGUGGCUACCCGCAAGUGAGCGCCCGCCCAUUAGGUUACUGUAGUCAAUAUACGCUAGUAAUGCAGAUAUGAGAUCUCGAAUUGACAAUUUGACUAACUCCGAAGUCGACGACUUGAUCAUCUAUGCCAUCGCUGGUUCCGGAGUUGACGGAUUUAAUACCAAAGUUUCGUUGUGGGACCUAGAUGAUAUAAAUAAACUAGGGGAAAUGACAGAGCAAUGGAAAGGGGAAAGGACUUGGAAGCAGUUCUUCGAUUUCAUCUUUAAUCAGAAUGGAUAUACUUGUGAAGAGGUCUGGUUUCCUUUCUAUCAAUAACAAUAUCAUUUUAGUUGUUUUACAAAUGUUUCUAUGGACAUGAAUUGAUUAAUUGUUGUGAUAUCUUUGAUCCAGUCUACGUCAUCUUGGAAGGCCGUUGCUUCCAAUUGAAAGAGUUUUACCAGACCAGCCCGAACGACUGGGGACGUCUCCAUAUGUACAUGCAUGACCUUCCCAGUCAUUUUUUGUCAGCAUCGGGGAAGCAAGUAAUAGAAAUGCCUGUAAAACGAAGCUAUUUUAGAGGAACUUGCUUCUCUUCCUCUCUGAUAAUUAUCCGGAUAUUGCUCGUUCUCCCAAGGUCCAUCUGAAUAUGCAUUGUUUGAAUAAGAUUACUCUCCAGAUGAGGACUGUUGUCAUGUCCGAAGCCGAACAACAUUGCAGUAAUUCGGAGGAGAGUAAGGGACGGGGAACCUGUUUUGCCAAUAGAUGGCUUUACCAUCAAUUAACGAAACCAUUCAAUUGCACUGUGCAUUAUCUGGAUCACAAAGCUAAGGGAGUCUCCGUCUGUCAUCCAAGUACCAUCAUCUACAACUACAAAAACAUUACUAAAAACCAUGUCAACACCAAAUCAGUGAGUGUGGAGAUCAAUCCCUGCGGUUAUGACCUACCGUUUUUUGAAAAUAAUUUGCUAAUUGCUAGCCGAAGGGUCUCUGAGCAAAAAAUCUUAUCAAAGGCUAAUCAAAUAAUAUUUGAUUAUUAUAGCUUUAUUAGUACGUCGCGACAUAAAGUCCGUAGAAUUUGCACAGUGCAUUCAACCCUUUUUUCCGCACGCACCGCGGCGAUUCCCCGUUUUUGCACUAGCGACAUGCACUUUUCGGUGAUUGCACCCGCGACGUCGGCGAAAAAAAUUCUACGGACUUUAUGGCGCGACUAGUAAAAAAUUACCCAAAUGACAUGCAAAAUGGUUGAAAUGGCAGCCAAGUAAAUAUUCAAAAGCGCACGAAAAAGGCGAUCCAACGUUUUGGAUAGCCAUUUGACCUUCUGGCUAUGAAUCCGACUUUAUUUUUGAGCGCACAACUCUCUGGACCUGCAGGUCAUUUGUACCCUACGGCUAGCGAUUGUAACCCUUGAAUUAGCCAAUUAUUAGGUUGUAUAAUAUGUUAUGACCAUUUUCUUGCAAAGGUUUGAAGUCGAUUAUUUCCUAGCUCAGAUCCCUCCUUAGUUCAGCAUACUUAUAGACUAAUAGAGGGCUUAUCGAAGUUUCAUCUAGUGCGUAUUGCAAAGUCUUACGGCAUAGCCGCGAUUUUCUAUUGCUAAAAACUCGGAAGUGCCCCGAUUUUGGCGGGGUACGAAACAACUCAAGUCACGUCUCUCUGCCAGCCGCUGCUGGUCUCAGAUUGGUGUUAUUAUAAUCUUCAAGGGUCGGAAAAGACGCUGACACAGCAUCGUUGCAAGGUAGCAGUGACAACUCAUUUUAUGAGCUGUUUUUCCGGAAGGUUACCGAAGCCGUCGCCUGAAAAAGCGUCUAAAAAGUUUAGCGCCCGUGGUUUCUAUUGUCUAUUGUUAUAACUCGUAGUAAUACGAGAUCACAUGCCUGUUGUCACACCAGACAAAUUUUGGAGCAUGCAAUAAUUGGAAUCUCCAGAAAAAUCUAAGAAUUAGCAGAAUUUUGGAUCAUCCAAUUAAAUUUCAAUUUUUUAGAACUUAACAGCCGCAAACUUAAAGAACUUAUACUGUCGUUUUCGCCGAGGUAUGUAGUGUAUAUAACCGCCAAAAACAGUUCUUCACAAGAUGGCGCUAGCGCGUACUCAAUAAAAGUUUUGAACUCUAGUCCAACGGCCCUCAAAAUGUAACGAUUUUAAUGAAAUUCCUUAUUGUCACCUGAUACAAGCAGUUUCUGAUUUGAGUAGGUUAUCAAAAAGCAACUCAUAAGUGACUCUUUACAGCUGAACCACGUUAUUUAAGGUGGGAUUAAUUCUAAACGAAUCAGGGUUCAUAACAAUGAAGGUAUACCUCAAUUUAUAUUUUGAAUAGUAAAGCUCAGGUAGGGGAGGUAGAGUUGAUCCAGCGCAGCGUAUGUAAAAGGGACGCCUCGAAUGUCCUACAGAAGCAUUGUCAUUACUAGUCUCUCAGAAUUCUCAGAUUUAAGGCGUAUUUUUGUUUUAGCACCUUGGGAUGCCCUCAUUUCUUAAUUUCUUUUCUCCGAUGUUUUAGCCGGAGGCCGAUGUGCUACUGGUUCCUGUAAUCUACUGUCUCCAACCUACCCAGCGGUAUGCUAUUCAACUCUGAAAAAAGCAUCAUUAAAGUUUUAGGAAUUUUAGAAAAUUGUGGUCAUAACUUAUUAUACAACCUAAUAUUUCAAACAGUGUUCAUAAUCGCUUUUAUUCUUCGCAGAGACCUAUAAUUAAAUUUACUUGCAGUGUAGACCUGCUUGCAACAGGGAGAUCAUUACUGA